AUGUAGUUCCAUUCAAACAAUAACUUCGAAGUGAAUGACAUCGAAAUGUUCUAUCAACUCUGUAGAAGUUUUAUAGUUAUAAUAUUAUGUGUAACGUUAGUGCUUUGUGAUAAAUACACUAACAAGUUCAAUGGCAUAUACGGUUGUAAACAGACGAACGCAGUGAACAAUUACAAUCACCCAACAGAAUUUAUUCCAACGGAACACUUCGAAAACAUUAGCGCAGGCUGGAAUUCAACCUUCCUUCGCAUAGGAAUUUUCGGCAAGCAGGAUGGGAUAAUUCGUUUGUCGAAAAAGGCGAUGCCGUACAACAAAGAUACUCUACAUGAAAUUAUGAUUGGAAUGAACUCAAACAAAAACACAGAAGUACGCCGUCAAGUUCGCAACAACAUUAAUCAUCAUCGGAAUCACGUGCUGGCAAAAAUUCCAACGCCGAACAUCCUCUCGGAGCUGGAACCGUUCGUGCUAACGAUUGAGUUUGGCCUUGGAGGAGUAGUGCGACUAACGAGAGACGGGGAAACGGUUCCGUUUUUGGAAUUUUCCGAUCCCGAGGUGGAGAUUUGCCACAACUAUAUUGGCUUCUCGAACUGGGCGUCUAAAAUGAUAUACUUUUUUGAUUGUCCGGUGUCCAAUUUUGCUGCACGAAUGGAGUUUGAAGCUUUGAGGUGAUCGAAAUGUUUUUGCAGCUGUAUAAUUAAGUAAGAUUUAAUAUUAAGUUCCGUGUUUCCCAAACAGUAAUUUAAAAAAUGGCUGAUAUUUCUAAUAAACUGUGCGCUACACAUUUGG